ACAUGGUAAGAAGCUUUUCGGACACAUAUUUACGCUGCGGUCACAACGCAUUUAUUUUUUUCUUGUCCUCUUUUUUCUCUGUGAAUCAGCAUGGAAAACGAACCUUCACAAAUUGCACGCUUAACAGCCAAACCUCGCAUUCAUUUUGGUUCAUUAGAAGGACAAGAGUCUGUCAAACGACCUCGUCUUGAGGAACCCGCUGCUAAAAGUGGCGGUAUUGAUCUUGACGCUUUAGUGGAAGCCAGAGAUGCUGGGUAUUCUGUAGCUGCAGGAGAAGCUGAUAGAGAAGUGAUGGAAGAAUUCGAAAGAAGAAAGAGAGCUUUUCAACUAGCAGUACCCACAGAUGAUGGACGUGUUCGACAACGUCUUCGAGAUAUUGGUGAACCACAGUGUCUUUUUGGUGAAGGACCUGCAGAUCGACGUGAUCGUCUAAGAUAUUUGUUGUCCAAGAUUCAAGGACGUGCUGUUGAAAGUGAGGAUGAAUCAGGCAGCGAUGAAGAUGAGGAAGAAUUCUUUACACCUGGAUCAGCUGAAUUAUUAGAGGCUAGAAAAUGGAUGACAAAGUACUCUCUUCCUAGAGCCAAGCAAAGAAACGAUAGACAGAAAGUAGAACAAAACAUCCCUCUUGCUUUACUUAAAGCAAGUCGAAAAGAACUUCAUACCAAGCUCAAAGCCUAUGGUAGCUGGGGCUCACAAAUUGCUGAUGAUCGACCUGUGGCUCAGUGUGUAUUUAGUCCAGACUCCAAGUUGCUUGUGACAGGUGCCUGGUCAGGUUUAUGCAAAGUCUGGAGUGUACCUGACGCUGAGCAUCUCUUGACGUUAAAGGGACAUGAUGAUAAAAUAGGUGGUAUUGCGUUUCAUCCUGAAGCAACCAUCAGUCAAGAGAAAAGUGCUUUGAAUUUAGCUACCAGUGGUGCUGAGGGACUCAUUCAAUUAUGGGGUUUAGAAAAAGAGACACCUUUGGCGACAAUGGAAGGUCAUGUUCGACGUAUUGCUCGUCUUGGUUUCCACCCAUCAGGAAGAUAUUUAGGUAGUGCUAGUUUUGAUGGUACAUGGCGAUUAUGGGAUGUAGAAACAGCUAAAGAACUAUUAUUACAAGAAGGCCAUGCUAAAGAAGUCUAUGCUAUCUCAUUCCAUGGUGAUGGCAGUUUAGUGGCUACAGGUGGAUUAGAUGCUAUUGGCAGAGUAUGGGACACAAGAACAGGUAGAUCUUCCAUGACACUUGAGGGCCAUAUGAAGGAUAUUGUGGGCUUAGAUUGGUCUCCUAAUGGCUAUCAUUUGGCUUCUGCUAGUGCUGAUAAUACAGUCAAGAUAUGGGAUGUACGUACACUCCGUAACUUGUAUACUAUUUCAGCACAUCAAUCCCUUGUGUCUGAUGUAAAAUACAGUAAAGGUGUUCCUGGCUACAAUAACAACAGUAGUUCUGAUCCUCAUAAUAUUGCUGGUCUUUACCUUGCUACUUCUGGUUAUGAUGGUUGUGUCAAGAUUUGGUCUGGUGAUGAUUUCCAAAUGAUAAAGAGCUUGGAUGGACAUGAAGGCAAAGUGAUGAGUGUAGAUAUUUCAAAAGACAACAAGUUCAUUGCUUCUUCUGGCUAUGAUCGUACAUUUAAACUAUGGGCAGAUGAAAAUAUGAUUAUUUAAUAAUAAAAAGCAGCGAAUUUUUUUUUC